GCUGGUGGAGAGGAGCGACGCGGCGCCGCCCCGCGCGAAGCGCAAAUAGGGGGGGUUGUGUUCCGGCGGCCGCCACGCCCACCCCCUCGGGUCUUGGCUCUCGCCGCCGCGCGGGUGGACGCUGCGGGCGGAAAAGGCGGGCUCGCAGGGGGAGGUGCGACUGGAGCUUCUGGGAGAGCGGACCCUGUCGGAGGUGGCCGGAGCGUUCGCCUGUUCACAGCCAGGACGGAAUAGACUCAAACUCCAACCAGACUGGCGGUCAGGUCUCCUCGGCCCGACGGAGCGGUGGAGAGAAAGCAUGGGAUCCGGCAGAAGCAGCCGCAGAACUAGCCGCCGCCUCUGCUAGGGGAGCUCGGGAAGAGGAUGCGUGAUCUUCCACCCAGAAUGGAAGUGUGCCCUUAUUGUAAGAAGCCAUUUAAGCGAUUAAAAUCUCACUUGCCAUACUGUAAGAUGAGAGAACCAACCAUAUCUGCUGAUCAGAAAGUUUAUCCAUCCAAGCCAGCUACUCUUCCACGUGCUAAAAAAAUGAAGGGACCAACCAAGGACUUAAUUCAAACUAAAGGGAGAGAGUUAGAGACAGAGAGUGAGGAAAGAAAUACCAAACUGACAAGGGACAAAUCAGAACAGUUGUUGCUCUCUUCGCUAUUAGCUGUUGGCCCAGAAAAAGCAAAUACUGCAAAGGAUCAAAGCCAUCUGUCCUUGACAGUGCCAAAGCACACUGAACCAAAGACAGCUUCCCAAGGUGAAACUAAGGCUCGGCUUGAUGCAUCAGAUAACACUUCUGCUGAAAGAGAACUUGCCCAAGAUCGGCUUGAAUCAGAGAGAAGUAGAUGUGAUCCUUCAGAAAUGGAAGCAGCUUUACUGGUUGGCCCAGUGGAACUUUCUUUGUCAAAUCAAGAUAGAAAAUACUCCUCAGCCCUGCCUGAUGAGGUACGAGCCACUUCUGUUAAUCUGAAAUCAGACACAAUUGAUCCCCAAGGACAAGGGCUUCCAGUUAAAUUAAUAGAUGUAUCCAUGGCUGAUAAUCAUUGUUCUCCAAGGAAUCUGAGCAAAGGAGUUCAAAGGUUAAGAGUAUCCAUGUGGAGCAAAGAAAGACAUUCCAGAGAAAGAGGCUGCCUCCCAGGAGCCUCUGCUGACGCUGGUGACACUGAGACUCUGGAAAAGAAGUCAGCAUCACCCACUGUGGGCCUUCAUGUUAGCCCAUUAGGUGAAAUCCAAGUCAAGGAGAACCAAGGAAAAGGACUUGGCCUUGGAGUAGAAGCCUGUGGGAGCAAAGGGAAUGCAGAGGGAAGUGGGUCUGCCACAGAAGUGCAGGAGCAGGCCUCCGUGAGCCAUGGCUCUGAGCACUUUAACACUGGCGCUUCAGCCUCAGAGGGGAAGUUGGAAGAUGCAGGUCCAUUUCCAAUUCUGUUCACUCCACAGGAGGUAGCUUACAGUGAGUUUCUUUCUGCAUCAAAGUCAGAUAAUCAAAGUCUUGUUUCUCUGGCUAUAAAAUCUCUUCAAGAAGAGAAAGCACAAUUCUGCAAUCAUCAGCAGGUUCCUGGUGUAAAGUUAUUAGCUGAGAUUGAGGCACGAAUUCUGGAGCCCAGAUCUGGCUGUGGGCCCCCAGCAUUGUACACUGGGUUCCCGCAGUCUCUGCAUGCAGCUCAGCAUCCAUUUUCUAAAAGCUCCUUAAUCAGUUAUUUUGGUACUGCUGAAAGAAAGAGGCCUCCUAGCUCUGUGGGGUUGGAGUGGUUUCCAGAGCUCUAUCCUGGUUAUCUUGGACUAGGGGUAUUGCCGGGGAAGCCUCAGUAUUGGAACUCAGUGGCCCAGAAGCCCCAGCUCUCCAGUCCUCAGGGAGAAAGUGUCUCACAAGUUCCUUUGUUGGGAAGAAGUUCGACUGGUUUAAGGAGUUUGGAGCCCCCGGCCAGGCUUACCACCUCCAGCUUUCCUCUGAGGAGGCUCUUGGGAGCUGUGCACAAAGGCUGGAUCAGGUGCAACACCACGGUGAAGAAGAGUGGGAUUGGUGGCAUGACUAUGCUCUUCACGGGGUACUUCAUCCUCUGCUGUAGCUGGAGCUUCCAGCAUCUGAAGCUGCAGCGCUGGCGUAAGUAACCUUCACUGGACACCACUGAAGCCAGAGUCUGGAGCCUCAGGAGCCGGGCGAUGCCUACGCAGCAGGAGGGGGAGUCGGAGAAUAAAGUCACUGGAAUCUAAAACAGUCGUGGAAAGCACAUUUUAUUAAGGUAGAUGAUCUGGUUCUGUCUGAGGUUUCUUUGGCUUGCUUUCAAAAGUGACUGAAUUACUUAAAAGACCAUUUUUUGUUUAAUCAUGAAAUUGUUAUUUAAAAUGAUGUGAAGAUGAAAAAGUGGGUCAUUUAAAUUAAGACGCUACUUCUCAGUUCUCAUUAAAAAGCAGUAUCUCCACUUUAAA